AGCUUGUAUGUUCAUGUGUACUAGAUGCACAUGUGGUUUGGGUGACUGCAUGUUGACCUUUCAAAAUUCCCAUAUUCAGGUUUUUUGUUGUCACAGUUGACAAGUGUAUUGUUGCAGAUAGAAAACCUUUUGUAAAAUUAGUGUUACCCCAAAAAAAGCACAAAAUCCACUCCACACUAGAUUACCUGCUUUAUUCUAAUUGACCCAGAUUUUCUUUUUAUUUUUUCUAUUCUAUAGUAAAUAGCUGAAGUAUACACUAAAGGUUUAAUCAGGGACAGGACAAAUGAAUAGUUACGAAAAUAAUUUUAGUAGAUAUGUAGGGCCUGGUUUUUUAUGCAACUAAUAAGCUAGUGAUCUUGUGUAAAAUGGGUUUUAUUCAGAAUUAUCGGUCUUCUUGAGCUGAGUGAUUUUAUUAGCAGUAACUUGCUUUUAGAAGGCAUGGGAGCAUUUUCUGGAGACUUCAGAAGAAGGGGGCUCUUUUCUGGUCAGUCAGUUCUGAAGCAGAGGAAAAUGUUUUUGUGUCCUUGUGUCCCCCUAAUUUCUGUGUCCUUAGAUACUGUUAAAAACAACUGCUAAUGGAGGAAUUUGGAUUGAAACCACUGUGGGUUUUUAUGUGCAGUCUGUACUUUUAGAUAAGUGAGUGAUGAGGCAGUGAGAUGUGGAUAAAGAGCUCUGGGGAGGGAGGGAAGAGCUCGGUGUCAGUCAGAGGUCAAGGCUUGCAUCAAGGGCACAGUGGAGUGAGCACCUCUGCCUGUGGCCCUCAGCAAUUGAUAACUUGCUGCUGGAUCUCUCAUAAAUUACCUGUAUUGUGGUUCGGAGUCGUGGAGAAUUCACAGUCUUUCUACAAUGGCAGAAAGGACAGAUGAUACAAAACCACCAAAAUACAGCCCAGUCAAAAAAUCAAAAAGGACAGGUCGGAGUCGAAAACAGGAUGGAGACCAAGAUACAUUGCAACUGAAGAAAGAAAUAUCUUUAAUAAAUGGGAUAAGCCUCAUAGUGGGCAACAUGAUUGGUUCAGGUAUCUUUGUCUCGCCCAAAGGAGUUCUCAUCUACAGCAAAUCUUAUGGAUUGUCUUUAAUAAUCUGGGCAGUUGGAGGGAUAUUUUCAGUCUUUGGAGCUCUGUGCUAUGCUGAACUUGGAACCACUAUUACUAAGUCAGGAGCCAGCUAUGCAUAUAUCUUGGAGUCUUUUGGGAGCUUCAUUGCUUUUAUUCGUUUGUGGACCUCACUCCUGAUUGUUGAACCAACUAGUCAGGCAAUCAUUGCCAUCACCUUUGCUAACUACAUAGUCCAGCCUUUCUUCCCUUCUUGUGACCCUCCAUAUGUGGCUUGUCGUCUUAUAGCAGCUGCUUGUGAAUGUCUUUUAACAUUUAUAAAUUGUGCCUAUGUUAAGUGGGGCACACGUGUGCAGGAUAUAUUUACUUAUGCUAAAGUCCUUGCUCUUAUCGCCAUCAUCAUCGCCGGAAUUGUUCAAAUCUGCCAGGGACACACAGGGCACUUCAAGAACUCUUUUGAGGGAUCCUCUGUUGAUAUUGGAGAAAUCUCCCUUGCAUUAUAUUCUGCCUUGUUUUCUUACUCUGGCUGGGAUACACUCAAUUAUGUAACAGAAGAAAUCAAAAACCCAGAAAGGAACUUGCCCCUGGCUAUUGCAGUGUCUAUGCCAAUUGUCACUAUUAUCUAUAUUAUGACCAAUAUAGCUUACUAUACAGUGCUGGAUUCUCAUGCUGUUCUCGCUAGUGAUGCUGUGGCAGUGACAUUUGCUGAUAGGGUAUUUGGUAUAUUCAGCUGGACGAUUCCCAUUGCUGUAGCCUUUUCUUGCUUUGGAGGACUUAAUGCUUCAAUUCUAGCAUCAUCAAGGCUGUUUUUUGUAGGAUCUCGGGAAGGUCACCUUCCUGAUCUGUUGUCUAUGAUCCACAUAAAGAGGUUCACACCUGUGCCAGCUCUGCUCUUCAAUUGUUUUAUGACCCUUAUUUACCUGGCUGUGGAAGAUGUCUUCAAACUGAUUAAUUACUUCAGCUUCAGUUACUGGUUUUUUGUUGGUCUGUCUAUUGCUGGGCAGUUAUAUCUACGUUGGAAAGAACCAGAUCGGCCUAGACCUCUUAAGCUGAGUCUGGCUUUCCCAAUAAUAUUCUGUAUAUGCACAAUAUUUCUGGUGGUAGUGCCACUCUAUAGUGACUUUAUAAAUUCAGUGAUUGGAAUUGGCAUUGCUUUAUCUGGAAUUCCAUUCUUUUUCUUGGGAGUCUAUUUACCUGCAUCAAGGAGACCUCAAUUUAUUAACAAGUUUAUGGGUGCAGUCACACGGAACAUACAGCUGCUCUGUUACUGUGUUUUAACAGAGAUGGACCCAAAUGAAGAAAAGAAACCAGAAAUCAAAUCCAACUAAAGUUUAAAGCCAUUACAAGAAGCAGGAGGGAGGAUAAAGCAAUUACACAAAAGAAAGGGAAGAGCUGGAACUGGAAGACACAGAAAAGCUGGUUUUGGUGGUCUUUCAGAAAUGCUGAAAAUAUUCUUACUUGUAGAUGGAUUCCAACAUGGGUCAUGCCCUUGUGUCAUCCUCCUAAACUAUGGCAUGUUUUCAGGGCAGGUUUUCAUUGGAUAACGAUGACCUACUCAUUACCGACUCACACAUGAUGUGUGUCAAUACUGUUUCUUUUUCGGAAUAGGUACUAAAAUGGUAAGAGCUAAUGGAUCAAAUUAGAUUUCAGCAGAAACAAGUGGUGAAGUAAUGCAUUAUUACAUCAGACUAAAGCCCACUUUGACUCCAAAGACUGAGUAAUUUCCAGCUUAAUUCUCAUGGAUACUUGCAUGAAAUGAUUUGCUGUACUGUCUCAGUUAUUUUCUCAGAAGAAAACUGGUCACAACAAACUACUUCAUUUGUUUUUCUGCCCCUUGCCACUGCAGAUUUGAUUAAUGGUUGAUUUUUUUUCUUGAUAACACAUCGGUACUUUGUGUUGUAUUGUGUUCUCAUACGUUUUAGUUGUAUAAAGUUCUACUUUGGUUUAUACCAGUUUCCCCCUGUUAUAAUGGUUCUGCCCCUGCUGCCUCCUCCCUUCUUUUUUAUGUCAAUCUCCCUACCUGUUCCCCAAAAGUGGCUGAAUCCUUCCCUUAACCCCUCCCCAGUGUCCUGUCCAUCACUCAACGGCCCAUCCCCUCCCUCUAGAAACUUCUACCAAGGGCGUCGAGUGAUAGGUUCAGGCACUGGGACCCCUCCCUCAGGUGGCCCUUAUUGGCUCCCCUACCUGCCUGUUUCCCUGGUCCCCACACCCUCCUGUAUCCCCAUUGGCAGGUGGGCAAACCCUCCCUGGUUUGCUCCCCCCCUUUAUAACACCCUGCACACUCCAAAUCGUCAUUUUCAGUUGGCUGCAGCUGCUGGGUUUGGGCUCUGCUUUGAGCUCUGUAAUAAACUGGGCUUUGACCCUGAUUGGGGUCCACUCUCCUCCUUCUCCCUAAGUCAUGCUGCUGCCUCAUCCCGAAGGUGAAAGGCUCAGCUGCUUUCCCGACCUCCCGAGGAAUAGGGGAGAGCAUCCCCUGCAGUGCCAGAGCAAGCCAGGGUGGCUCCAAGCACCCACUCGGAGAGGCACUGCCGCAGCUCUGUAAAUCUCUUCCAGGUUUUAUGAAACUUUCAAAGUCAAAAUGUUCAGUUUGAAGUCUGUGAACAGUUAUUUAAUUGCUUCAGUGAAGACCCAGUAGCUGAGUUACCUCAGCAGAGAGAAAAUUCCCUUCAUAAAUUUCAGUGCUGUUCACUAGAAAGUGACCACCUAAAACCUAGAAACCACUUUCUACGGCAGAAUUUCUGUGGCAGAUACUAGAUCUUGGCAGCUAAGUAGCAGGGAGAAAAACUAGAAAUAAAAACAGAAGUAAAGGGUACUACUGCAGCACAGACAUGCUGAUUCAUAUUCUAUGUAUAAAUUCCAAAGCUGUAAGCCUAGAAUCGGGGCUGUUUUGAUACUGAAUUCUGGUGCAGUAAAAGGCAACAAGAAGCCUGUUUGUCUGGCAAAGUGAGGUAUGUAUUUCAAAAACAUACCUAAGAUUUUUACCUUAGUUCAGAAUGCCUGUCUCAGUUGACCUGAGUUUGGCCACAUGUAUGGAUUUGUGCAUUUAAGUUGAACUAAAUCUUGAAAUUACAAGAUUAUGGCUGAAGUAAUACACACUUCAAAGGGUGCACCACAGUUGCAUCAGUGACCUGAAUAAUAGUGGGGAUAAUUUGGAUUUUUGCACUGUCUUGUUAACUUUUCUCUGAAGCAAACAAAAAUACCUUGUCUCCACUCCUUUUUGUUAUUACUACUGAUUGGCCUACUGCUGCAGCCUCCAGUUCAUGAGUGACAUUGACCAGCAAAGAGCUAAUCUUAUCAGCUGUUUUUGGCAGACUCAAGUAGGAGAGUGCUGAAAUACUAAAUGUGUCCAAACAGGUACAAUGGAAUUGUUUAAAGAUCUACAAAUGCAAGUUAAAAUGGUGACCUGGGUUCAGCUCUGCCAACUUCUGUGAUUUUUAAAUGAGUAAAGAAAACUUGGUAAAAAAAAAAAAAGAUUUACAAUUGGAAUGCACGUUGUUCUACUUCAAUUGUUAAACUACUGGGGAGAGUAAUGGACAGUCAAGGCAUUUCAUAUGCUCAAACACUUGUCUCUUGUGAAGAAAGACACUUGACAUUUAGGAACAAAUGAAUUAGAAAGCAGUAGGAUAGGUUGCCUUCCAGGACUUCACUUGCUAUCAGGGCAGACACAUCGAUCUUCUUGUGAAACCUGACAUAUUAGUCAUGACCAGAAGGGCUGCUGCCAACAGUACCUCCACAUCUGUACAUUUGCUACAGGUACAAACUCUUGGGCAUGCAGCUUUGGGAAAACAAAAGUAAAGGUCCCUGGUGUUUAUGUCUCUCUGGGAGCCUUUCAGGAACCCUCAGCCAGCCCCAACAGAUUCAGGCAACAAAGACCCUCAAACUCCUCACACCGAUGAUUAUGUAGUAGGAGAAGAAAAUCAAUUAUGGCGUGAUUUUGUAAGGUGGCUUGCCUUGUUGUUUUGUCAUCUGCCAGGAGGUCAGAAAGUGCAGCUGCUGUAAUAUUUGCCUGUUUAGCGACCCAACACUCUAGGUGUGACAACGCACCUCGAGCUUUGGCUGCAGACACCCGUGGCAAAAACACGGUGAUUGCAACACCUUUUGGGUCAGACCAAUGUAUGAUUUCAGAAUCACAAUUUGGGUCCAAAUUCCUUAAGUUUCUCUUUUUGCGGGCUGAAUUGUGGGCGCUGGUUUUGGUUCACCAAUCCAUGAUUUGGGUCUUGUUGGGUGUAAACAGGCUCAGCUUUCCAAUGGUGCAUGGACCUCCGAUCAGACAAGAGGGGAUGCCCUGCCCACGCUCUAUCACCACAAAUGAGGAAAAAAUCUUUAGGGAGGGCACGGGGCUUAUUGUCAGGGGAGGGCGACAUCUCCACAUGGGAAAGGCUGGAUGGUGGCUGUUAUCCUUGUAGGGCUGAGCUUCAGCAUCUCUCCAGGCAGAAAUUCAAGCUUCACUUACUGACUGUUCAGUAGUUUCCAAGGGAGAACAGUGUAGAAAAGUGUAGAGAAGCGAGUGCCGCGCACAGCCUGUCCUGGGGGGGGUGCUGUGGGCCGGAGCUGUGCUCCUGCCGUGCCCGCGGCUGUCACAGCGCGGCAGCAGCCGCCGUGCCCUCGGUUAGCGGCACCGGACGGCGCUGCCCGGGGCCGGGCUACUGUGCAGAACAGCGCAGCCAGAGCGGAGCCCCGAAAGGCCGCGAGGAGCAGCCAGAGAGAGCCGCUGCUUUGCAAACCCCUCCAGGAGCACCGGCCGUGGUUUUUGAGGGCUGUAUUUGGUCACGGAAAAUAAAAUCUUUCG